UUAAAAAGUUCCUGUUUAAUCUGAUGAUUGUAAUGUGAAGCAGGUCUGGUAACCUGCAGUGAGGUGUUGGGCGUGUCGUCAGACAGGUGUUUGAGAAAGGUGUGUUUUACUGCAAACCGAAAGGGAGAGAGAGGAAGGUUAUUUAAGCCUCAGCAGGUCUGCAGGUAUUUUACAGCGAUGGCUUUCUACAAAGUGAUGUGUUUGGCUGCUGGGCUGAUGCUCCUGACCCAAGAGUCUGAGUCACAGCUGGGUGUUUGUGGUCAGCCAAAGCUCAACACCAGGAUUGUAGGAGGACAGGCGGCCCGCGCUGGCAGCUGGCCCUGGCAGGUCAGUCUGCAAAGAUCUGGGUCCCACUUCUGUGGAGGAUCCCUCAUUAACAGUCAGUGGGUGCUGACUGCUGCUCACUGCUUUCAAACCAGUACUCCAACCGGUCUGACUGUGAAUCUGGGCCUUCAGAGUCUACAGGGAUCUAAUCCCAAUGCAGUGUCUCGAACUGUAACAAAGAUCAUCAAACAUCCAAAAUACAACUCUCAAACUUUCAACAAUGACAUCUGCCUCCUGAGGCUCUCCUCACCGGUGACUUUCAACAACUACAUUUCUCCCGUCUGCCUGGCAGCUUCAAACAGCAUCUUCUACAGCGGUGUUAACAGCUGGGUCACCGGCUGGGGAAGUACUAGAGAAGGAGGCACUCUUUCACAAAACCUGAUGGAGGUGGAGGUUCCUGUUGUGGGAAACAGGAAGUGUAACUGUAACUAUGGAGUGGGAUCAAUCACUGACAACAUGAUCUGUGCCGGGUUAAGUGCAGGAGGAAAGGACUCCUGUCAGGGGGAUUCAGGAGGUCCAAUGGUGAUCAAGCAGAGCGGUCGCUGGAUUCAGGCGGGAGUCGUCAGUUUUGGAAUAGGUUGCGCCAGGCCGAAUCUUCCAGGAGUCUACGCCAGAGUAUCCCAGUACCAGACCUGGAUCAGGACCCAGAUCUCCUCCAACCAGCCGGGCUUCAUGACGUUCACGUCCACUGGGACCAACAGUGACCUCAGUGUCACCUGCUGAGGACUGCCACCCAGUGGCGGUCCUAGCCUGCUUGGUGCCCCAGGCUAACCCCCCCACACGCACACACAAAACGUGUCAGGUUUUGUAUUGUUGAUUAUCAUUUGUGCUUAGAAAUAUCUACUUAUAUAU